AAUCUGUAAUCUCGAAUCUCAAUGAUUCUUUUUGUUUCUGCGAGGAAUUUUUAUAUUUUCUUAUUUGAUCUUUCAAUUUGUUGCUAUCGCAUGGAUUGAGAAAUGCGUUUUUUAAUGCAAGAAUGAUGAUUGUAUGAUCCAAUGGUUGCAUCGUGAAGAAGAAUGUUUGUUUUCUUGUCGGCUUUUUUUCUGGAUCAGGCCGGCGGAUAUCCGAUCAAUCUUUCUCUCUCUAACGAGUUCUCUUUGUUCUAAGAAAAGAUUUUCAAAGCAAGCGUGGUAUGUUUUGCCUGAAAAGAAGAUGUGUGUCGGUCGCCUCUCGUGAUGAUCUUGCAGGAAAAUGGAAGCCAAAGGAGGAGCGGCAGGAGAGAUGAGGCGAGUGCAUAUCAUCUACUUUCUGAAUCGGAUGGGUCGAGUCGAGCAUCCUCACCUCUUCCGUGUCCAUCACCUGAGUCGAAACGGCGUUCAUUUGCGAGAUGUUAAGAGAUGGCUGUCGGAUUUGAGAGGAAAAGACAUGCCGGAUUCCUUCGCUUGGUCUUAUAAGAGGAAAUACAAGACAGGUUAUGUAUGGCAAGAUUUGGUGGACGACGACCUUAUCACGCCCAUUGCAGAUGAUGAAUACGUCCUCAAAGGAUCCGAAAUCCCCAUUAUUCCCUCUGGAGCAGUAACAGGUACUUGCUCAUCAUGCCGUGAAAAGAAAUCUUCAAUGCAGAAACCAGUGAAAGAGAAAGAAGAUGCAAAGAUCAAAGCCGCAACCGCUGCUGUCGAAAUUGAGGAGAACGAAUCAGGAACCUCAGACUCGGAAACAUCGGCGACGACGGUCGAUUCAAUCGAAUCGAAUCCAGGUUUCAUGCCGGAUGGAAAGCAGGAAUCAAAGGAAAACCCCGGGAAAAUGUUGUCAUCGGGAUUGUUGAGGAAGAACAGAAAGAAGGACGCAGACGCAGAGAAGAAUAAAGAUGCUGGUUCAGCAGCAGCACCGUCGACGAGAUCUUCGUUUUUGAGGAGUAAGAGCCAUUCGAGCGGAGCUUCUCACGUGUUCCGCAACCUAAUAACGUGCGGUGCUGUCGAGACGAACGACUCGGCGUUGGUGAAGCGGGUUUAUGGAGCUUCAAGGAAUCCUUCCGGUGAAGCAGAAGAGAUUUGUAAGGUCGAGAAGUUGGGUGGAUCCGAUAGAAUCUUCGGCUUUGCAUGGAACCACCAACAACAUAAGACCAAGAAAUGUUGGAAAGGAGAGAAGAAUGCAAAGAGGGCGACGAGUGAUUCUAUAAAUCAGAAAACGGUUUCCGCUGCUUACAAGACAGUCGCCGAGCCCAAUUGCUCGCAAUGUGGAAAGGCAUUUAAACCGGAGAAAAUGCAUACGCAUAUGAAGUCUUGCAAAGGUAUGAAGAAACAAAGCAAGAGCGCAAAUUCUGCUGCUGAGAAGAAGACGUCGUCAUCGCAACAAGGAUCAGCAACCGACCCUCCAUUCAAAGAAGAACCGAGUUAUUUUCUCAUGACGCACUAGAGCUAGUCUGCUAGUUACAGAUGCAUAGAUAGAGAUAUUGAGGCAGAGAGGAAUUGACUCUAUAGUCGUAGUGUUCAUUGUGACAGGAAUUCUUUAAACAAAGUUUUAUUUAUUUAUUUUAUUUUUUCGUUUUUUUGCCUUUAAAUCUUCUGGCUUCUUUUCCAUGUAGGGAAAGCCGGAAAGGUGAAAUGCAAUAUGUAAAUAUAAGUUUUAAAUCUUCUUCUUCUUCUUAUAUACUGAACUCAUUCGUUAUUAGGGGCACUCGUAAUAACUAACUAAGUGCCCGUCUAGCUCAGUCGGUAGAGCGCAAGGCUCUUAACCUUGUGGUCGUGGGUUCGAGCCCCACGGUGGGCG